AAUCAGAUCCAGUCCAGUCCACCAACUCCCCAAUCCCCCAACCCCUAUUUAUACACACUCCCAUUCCCACAUUUCCUCUCGUCUCACUCCCUCUUCCUCUCUCACACACACCCUUUACCCUUUCUUUCUUCUCAACCAUCACCAUAACCAUGGCUUUGUUGGUCGAGAAAACCACAUCUGGCCGCGAGUACAAGGUCAAGGACCUCUCUCAGGCCGACUUCGGCCGCCUCGAGCUCGAGCUCGCCGAGGUCGAGAUGCCCGGCCUCAUGGCCUGCCGUACCGAGUUCGGCCCUGCUCAGCCCUUCAAAGGCGCUAGAAUCACCGGAUCCCUCCACAUGACCAUUCAAACCGCCGUCCUCAUUGAAACCCUCACCGCCCUCGGCGCCGAGGUUCGCUGGUGCUCCUGCAACAUCUUCUCCACCCAGGACCACGCCGCCGCUGCCAUCGCCCGCGAUAGCGCUGCGGUUUUCGCCUGGAAGGGUGAGACCCUCCAGGAGUACUGGUGGUGCACCGAGCGUGCCCUCGACUGGGGUCCCGGUGGUGGUCCCGAUCUCAUCGUUGAUGAUGGAGGUGACGCUACCCUCCUCAUCCACGAGGGGGUUAAGGCUGAGGAGGUGUUCGAGAAGACCGGUGAGCUUCCCGACCCGACUUCCACCGACAACCCUGAGUUCCAGAUCGUGCUUACCAUCAUCAGGGAUGGGUUGAAGACUGACUCCCAUAGGUACCGCAAGAUGAAGGAGAGGCUCGUCGGUGUCUCGGAGGAGACCACCACCGGAGUCAAGAGGCUUUACCAGAUGCAGGCCAAUGGAACUCUCUUGUUCCCUGCUAUCAAUGUCAAUGACUCUGUCACCAAGAGCAAGUUUGACAACUUGUAUGGAUGCCGUCACUCUCUCCCUGAUGGUCUGAUGAGGGCUACCGAUAUUAUGAUUGCUGGGAAGGUGGCUGUUGUGGCUGGAUAUGGAGAUGUCGGCAAGGGUUGUGCUGCUGCUUUGAAACAAGCUGGUGCUCGUGUCAUUGUGACUGAGAUUGAUCCCAUCUGUGCCCUUCAGGCUCUCAUGGAAGGUCUUCAGGUUCUGACCCUGGAGGAUGUUGUCUCUGAGGCUGAUAUCUUUGUCACCACCACCGGUAACAAGGACAUCAUCAUGGUUGACCACAUGAGGAAGAUGAAGAACAAUGCCAUUGUCUGCAACAUUGGUCACUUUGACAAUGAAAUCGACAUGCUUGGUCUUGAGAGCUACCCUGGUGUGAAGCGCAUCACCAUCAAACCUCAAACUGAUAGGUUCGUCUUCCCCGAGACCAACACCGGCAUCAUUGUCUUGGCCGAGGGUCGUCUGAUGAACUUGGGCUGCGCCACAGGGCACCCCAGUUUCGUGAUGUCCUGCUCCUUCACCAACCAGGUCAUUGCUCAGCUUGAGCUGUGGAAUGAGAGGAACUCUGGCAAGUACAAGAAGGAGGUUUACGUUUUGCCCAAGCAUCUUGAUGAGAAGGUGGCUGCACUUCACCUUGGCAAGCUUGGAGCUAGGCUCACCAAGCUCAGCAAGGAUCAAGCUGAUUACAUCAGUGUGCCUGUUGAGGGCCCAUACAAGCCUCUUCACUACAGGUACUGAGAUAUGAUCAAUGGCUGGUGAUGCGAUUCAGGGAGAAGAAAGAAACUGUUUUGUGAACCGGAUUGAUUGUUUUGUUUUCCUUUUCGGAUUUUCAUUAGACUUUUUAUAAUUUGUGGUGGAAAGUUGGUAGGAUUAUGAUGAUUUUUGUAGAAUUUCUGAACUUGUGGGUGGGAAGGGUAAGAGUAAGGUAAUCUAUUGGUCUCUGUCAUAUGAGACCAAAUGGGUUUUGAAUAAUGCAUUGGUUGGAGGCUGUGUUCGUUUUCA